ACGAUGGGCAAAGGAGACCCCAACACACCGCAGGGCAAGAUGCCUUCGUACGCCUUCUUUGUUCAGAUGUGCCGGGAAGAGCACAAGAAGAAACACCCGGACUCGUCCGUCAACUUCGCCGAGUUCUCCAAGAAGUGCUCUGAGAGAUGGAAGACCAUGUCUGCAAAGGGAAAGUUGAAGUUUGAAGAUAUGACAAAAAGUGACAGGGCUCUCUAUGACAGGGAGAUGAAAAAUUACGUGCCUCCCAAGGGUAAUAAGACAGGAAAGAAAAAAGAUCCCAAUGCCCCUAAAAGGGCACCAUCUGCCUUCUUCCUCUUUUGCUCUGAACAUCGCCCAAACAUCCUAAGUGAACACCCGGGCCCAUCCACUGGGGAUAGUGCAAAAAAACUGGGUGAAAUGUGGUCUGAACAAUCAGUCAAAGAUAAACAGCCGUAUGAGCAGAAAGCAGCCAAGCUAAAGGAGAAAUAUGAAAAGGAUAUUGCUGCAUACCGUGCCAAGGGCCAAAGUGAAGCAGGAAAGAAGGGUACUGGCAGGCCAACAUGCUCAAAAAAGAAAAAUGAACCAGAAGAUGAAGAGGAGGAAGAAGAAGAUGAAGAUGAUGAGGAAGAAGAUGAAGAUGAAGAAUAA